AUGGCGUCCACAAGGUCCCUGGGGCUGCACCACCCGUCCGGGCUGCGCCAUGCAAUCCAAGAGCAGCUGCUUCCUCCAGAUCCCUCUCCUUCUGCGUACUCUUGGGAUAUUGCCUCUGAUGAGAGAGAUACCGGCUCUGUCGAGGACGAACUCUUGACAACUCAGGAAUGUGUUGUGUGGUGCAGAGGAGGUAUCUUUCGAAAGACCUUCAAGUUUGGCCACGAAAAGGAGCCCAUCACCCAAGCGCUUUUGGCCUAUUUUCCGGCCUCAGAAGAUACGCGGAAAGGUUGCAAUAUCAAAACUAGCCCAUCGUCUACCGCAGCAGCUCAGUCCCCGCCGGUGCUUGAGAAGGCUCUGGUGGUGUUUUUGAAGACACAGGCACACAUCUUCUUUCUCUCAGGCACCAGUCAUAUAGUUCAUAUGCCGUUUGAAGUCGAAUCCGCUUGCGCAGGACCGGUUGGAGUCAUCAUUCAAAGAAAGCACAGAGCAGAGAAUCUUGCUCCCAUUGCUCUCAAGUUUCCUCGGGUUCCACCAAACUCGUUUGUAUCAUCACAACUCACGGCAUUUAGCAGCUCACAGCAGACCGCAUUUUCGGUGGAGGGAAUGGGGAGACCUAAAUCACUACAUUUCGGGUUGAGCUCAACGCUCGAAAAUAUGUGGGACAUGCCAUUGGAUCACCAGCAGUCGUCACACUGGCCGCGCCUCGUCUCACUAACAGAUCCAUUGUCCGAUAUUGGCUUGGUUGUUGGUGAGCCCGAAGUUCAAAGUCGCCGUCCUACACGUAAACCCAAGUCAAGAAGGCCAACAUUUCUCAACCCGGCGGAAGAAAUGCUUCACAUAGAACAAAUCAACUUACCAGGAACAGACCGCAGAACCCUGGACAGCCCCUUGACUUUAGCCAUUACCAUAAACAGAGAAAACAACUCAUAUACUGUUUGGCGCUUGAACUAUCUCGACCACGAAGAUCCAUUUAUAGGACACCAGAAGAAGGCUAAAAACAGAACAGCCAGGCGCAGGAGCUCCAUGCCGCCUCAGGGCUUCACGAGCGGCACCUCGACUCCGGUCCAGCAAAAUUACCGAGAGAGCUUUGGAGCGCCACUUCCAGGGAAGCGGCAGCGCAAGAGUGAAAAAGUCGACAAGCCGUUGGAUUUGGUGUCUUCUCUAGAACAGCAAGAUAACGAAGGGUCUGGGGUCACUAGACGAAGCUCACGUCGUUUAAGCUCUAUGCUUGCGCGAGCAGACUUGUCGGCCUCACACGAAAGAGCCGUAUUUGCUGACCAACAGCUCAUUUCAAACGCUGGAGUCUCCAAACGAAAUGAAUCACAUAACAAUCAUCAUGGACGGUCUAGUUCCAGCUUCCACCAAAUUCAUCCCAGCCUGGGCAGCUUGCUCGAAGCUCCACUCGACAUGGCAUUGGACGAAAGCUUGCACAACAUGGGACUCGAUGACCAUGAUUUUGAUGGCCUGCAGCAUGAAAUUCGACUUACUAAAAUCCAAACCAUCGCACUCGAUAGCUCCAAUGUGCGGUACUCAACAACGACUCUGCCUGCAAAGUGCCAGACCAAAGUCUUCAUUCUCACGGCUCCACCAUUUGCAGUAGACGAGCACCAACGGACACAGCUACUCAUAGGCAUCCAGGAGCCCCUGGAGAAGCGACUACAAAUGAUGACGCUGUAUGCGAAGGUGCAAGAAAAGUCGGACCUUGCCAGCGCCGGUAAGGGAAAGUCAAGCUUCUCAUUCGUUUCCGUCUCACCAGGAGCACAGUGGAAAGUCCAAAGCGUCGUAGACUCGUCAAAACUUGUUGAUGGUGAUUUAUCUGUGAUCCUGGUUCUGUCUGACUCCAAGGACGGCCAGCACGAAUUGAGCACGCAGGCUCCAUGGAUCGAGCUCACAAAAAUAUCACUCUCCUUGCUCUUUGUAGAUGAUACGAGGAGCAUACAAUACAGGGGCAGAGUUACGGACAGAGACGUCAAGCAACGCAAGUCGGAGGUCGUAGACCUGACCAGCGGGGGCAUAGUUGGCAUUCGCCAUCCAAGGAAGCGAGGCGUCGUUGACGUGGUUGAUACACAGGGUCGGCUUCACCAACUCAAGAUACAACUUCAGCCAGCCUGCCCACAGGUUCAAAAAGUCCUAAACAUUUGCAAAAGCGUGCUACCUGAGGCCCUUGGGGGUCGCCUCCAUGCAGGCUGGCUUCAUGUCAUGCAAUGGCUCCAGAGUCACCAAGACAAUACAUCAUCCAACAUGGAGUGGUCGGCAACGGCUGUUCUGUUCCUCAGUUCUUUCCUGAAUCUUGGUCGAGGAGAUGCCUCUUCAUUAAAAACAUCUCAGCUGCCAGUUCGAAAAAGACGGCCUGCGUCGGGAUCUUUUGGCGCUAUUCGAGAAUCAGAGGAUUGGAGGGCUUUGGAACUAGGUGAAACCGCCAACUCACUGGGCUGUCCGGUUUGGAUGAUGAACCAGGGUUGGCAAUGGGCUCUGGAGGAAGAAGUAGACAGCAAUAUGUCAUCCCAUGGCGAUGCCCUGCUUAGUCCCAAGUUUCUUACGCGUCAUAUUGCUUUGUCAAAGGAAUACCUCAACUCCCCUUCUGGUGAGGCUGCUUUGGGUCAACAAGGGUACAUGCCAAUGUCUCUUGCCAGAUCAUCUGAUACUAUCCGCAAGGUGGCUGUUGACAUCUUCAUGGCGCUCCAUCUCCUCCUGGAUGAACAGAAGCUGGACAUUACGACGCCUGAGUACGUUUCUCCUGGCCGGACUGACCUGCGAGUACUUCUUUCCCAGCUCGCCAGGUGGCUCAGAUGGCACAGCUUUGCAUCCGUGUAUGAGCUCGGUAUUCAGGAGGAUGUCGAUUCUCGGCAUGACUCUGAACUCAUUUUGAGACCACCUAUUCCUGAACCUCCAGUUCGUCCAGAUGUGUUGGAAUGGAUUCAAUGUCGCCUCGCCGGGCUUCGUGGGAAGCCUUGUCUGACACCCGCUGAUAUUUACUUCUCCAGCUCACGGAUUUCUGAGGCUGAAAAGAUGCAGGAUAAGAGAUGGGAUGGUAUUACCACGAGAACGCUCAUGUUCAAGCACUUCUUCAGAGUGAUAAAACCAAAAUCAACCGCUGUUGAGAUGGUGGAGGCGCUGCUGGAUUGUGGUUUCACAAGCCAAAUCCUCGAAACGCUGCCUGAAGCUGUUUUAGUUCCUCUUCAAGACGCCAUCUCUUUAUGCCAGCCACACCCUCCCUCGCAUUGGUCGAUUAACCUCCUAGAUUUGGUGAAGAGAAGCGACAUUAGCCUGAUUGUCAAGCCAGGCCGACGACCUCGACAAGGCGUGGCUAACAUCUUGGCACCCACCCACAUGGCUACAUGGGACUUCAAAUUGCUCUGUCAGAGUGUGGAUGAGGCUAACAACACCGGGUACGAUGAAGGUGAGGGCACGGAACGUCAAGCGGUAAUUCGAACCCUUUUCAAAGAUGACCGUCGGCUCAAUGAAGCUCAAGACCUACUUUCAACCCAUAAAGCCAGAGUCGUUCGCCUGAACCCUAAUCCAAGUUGGCCAGAGAGCGAAUACUUGGAGAAACAAAAGGAGCUUGUUUCCAGGAUUGCUACGGGCACACUUGCAAUUCCAGCUGGCCGCGCUCUGCUAUAUUACAGUCUACGCUUCCCUCUGAUAACUCAGAAAUUCCACAUAGGCGGCUUCAAUUUGAAUUGCAUUGUCAAACCAACCAACGUCACCGUUGGGGUUGACAAAUCACUGUUCACAGAGGAGAAGGUUUGCUGGGGCUUCUUCCACCAAGGUGUUGCCGCGGGCCUAGCAAUUUCACCACAGGCCAAGGGAAUCGAUACUUCUUGGAUUUUGUACAAUAAACCAGCACAGGAGCUAAGCAACAGACAUGCUGGAUUUCUCUUGGCUCUUGGUUUGAACGGGCAUCUAAAAGGCGUCGCCAAGUGGGUUGCGUUCAAGUAUCUCACGCCCAAACAUACCAUGACAUCUAUUGGAUUGCUACUGGGUCUGGCAGCGUCAUACAUGGGCACCAUGGACUCUCUCAUCACUCGACUGCUUUCCGUCCAUGCUACUCGCAUGCUUCCUCGCGGUGCUGCAGAGUUAAAUCUAUCGCCGCUCACGCAAACGUCUGGCAUCAUGGGCAUCGGCCUCUUGUACUGUAACAGCCAGCACCGACGUAUGAGUGAAAUCAUGCUGUCAGAGAUAGAGCACAUUGAUGAAGAGGAUGAAGAGGAGCCUCUCAGAAGCGAAUGCUAUCGUCUUGCUGCCGGCUUUGCCCUGGGUCUGAUCAACUUGGGCAAGGGCGGCGAUCUAAAAGGCUUACAUGAUAUGAAGCUAACUGAGAAGCUAAUUGCCCACGCAACAGCGACCAAGAAUGUCGAUAUUGUCCACAUUCUUGACAGAGCAUCUGCUGGUGCUGUCAUGGCCAUCGCUCUCAUAUUCAUGAAGUCUGAAGAUCAAAUUGUGGCCCGAAAAAUUGACGUUCCCGAUUCUGUCUUACAGUUCGAUUACGUUCGGCCAGAUAUACUCCUCCUUCGAACCGUGACCAAGAAUUUGAUUCUCUGGUCGAAAAUUGAGCCUACAUUCGCAUGGAUCCGUGACAGUCUCCCUGCUCCGUAUCGCGCUCGACACAAAUUGCAAGGUACAACGAAACUACGCUCUACGGACCUUCCAUUUUUCAGUAUCAUGACUGGAAUUUGCUUUUCCAUUGCUUUACGGUUCUCAGGGAGUGCUUCCACCAAGGUUCGCGACCUGCUGUUGCAUUAUCUUGAUCAAUUCAUCCGCAUUUCCAACAUUGAAGCCACUCCACGGCCUCAUCCAGAUGCAGCGCCUUUGUACGAUGAGGAACUAGCAAGGUCGAAUGCUAGAAUGUGCCAAGACAUCCUUGCUUUGUCUUGCUCCAUCGUCAUGGCCGGAACUGGCGACAUCCCGGUUCUUAGGCGACUACGCUCCCUGCACGGCAGAGACAACCCAGAUAUUCCCUACGGAUCACAUCUUGCCGCUCAUUUGGCCAUCGGAUCGCUUUUCCUGGGAUGUGGGACUGUAACAUUUGGUGCCAGCAACUUAGCAAUUGCGGCCUUAUUAGUGUCAUUUUAUCCAAUUUUUCCGACUAACGUGAUGGACAACAGAUCACAUCUCCAAGCCUUUCGCCACUUUUGGGUUUUGGCAACGGAGCAACGUUGUUUGGUUGCCAAGGAUGUCCUGACUGGGCAGCCGGUGUCUGUUUCUGUGCAGAUCAAGAUGAAGCAGGAGUCCUCUUCAGAGCACAUUCUAUAUCGUACCACUCCAUGCCUUUUGCCUCCUCUCGACCAAAUUUCCAGCUUAUCGACGUCCUGUGGGCCACAGUUUUGGGACAUAACUCUCGACUUCUCCAACGAUGAGCUGAGGCAAGCGUUUGCACAAACCCAAAGCAUAUACCUACGAAGACGCCCACCGCGAGAAGGGGCUUUCGCCUCUACACUAAGAACAUUAGGCGAUGACAGCAAGGGAGAUAGCCCACUUGAGUGGAUCUUUGGACUAGACAAACUACGAAAUGUGAGCUACGCGGAGCGGGCAGCACUCAUGGAGAACAGUGAGAGGGAGCAGGAAGUAGGGUCCGCGGUAGAUGCCCGAAUGGAAAUGGAGAGGGGUAUCAUGGAUGGCGGUGACAGAGAACGUCUUGAAGGGGCACGGCUUCUCUUUGAAUGGGGAGCCGCUCGUGAGAGGCUGCUGAGAACCAGUACGCCCAGCAUCCACGACAGCCAAGCAACCAUUAAACCAGGCGACUCCCAAUCCAAUGAGACGAUAGGACAAAACAUGACGCCCCACGACUCGAGCGGCGACAUAUGGUGGAUGAGGGAUAGCUCAAUUGAAGCACUGAAGGGUCAGGUCUGGCUUGCUGCACGAGAAGGGGAGCAGUAG